CUUGUUUAUCUGGUGCUGAAGUACUUGGUAGACCGGUACAAUCUCUAUUUCGUCUAUCUGCCUAGUCGCAUUGACACUCGUAUUCACUGGGUGGCUGGUCUACUGGCUUUGACUAGUGUAUUUCUACUUCAAGUCAACUUGACCAUAUUCCUACUGCUCAGGCGUGGCCUGACUACCUCUCGUCUCAGCCAGGCUGCUGUCGGACUCCUAGUUAUCGGGCUAGUCGUCCUAAUCUUGGCUGGGCUAGCUAGUUGGUAUUGGGGUGUAGACUCCCCGCGACACCGGCUUGCUCGCCAGCGCAGGCACCAGCUUACCAAACAAAAUGAGCUACAGGCACAACCAAAUAUCUCAAGGCUAGAAUUUGAUUCUGAAGAAAUGCGACGUAAAGGAAGCAGUGCGGCUCCAGAGUCAGAGAUGAAUUUAGAAGGGCAUCGACAAAUGAAAAGCGCAAAAUGGGUAGACGCAACCGAUUCGUCUCAGAAUGACCAAUCAGAGCAACUUGUCAUCGGCCUCCAAACUGCCUUAGCCUCGGAAAAUCAAAGCCUUGACACGUCCUCAUCUGGGAGAAGACCAUCCAAUUUUGAUUCACCAUUAGGUAGAAGUGAGGAAAUCAAUUCUCUCCGAGCGCCCAUUCUCCCCGAACAGGGUCUUCGGCACUCCGAAUUUUUGGCGCCAGUACUCCGUUCGCAUUCACUCUGGUAUGAACGAAGUGUGCAGGACGAUAAAGAAACCAUUGCCAACGCCAGGGCCACCUUAAGGUUUGGCCGGUCUGUAUCGCAAUAUUCAAAUAAAAGGGAAGAGUUACUGCAACUAACUCCAGCAUCACCGACGUCAGCCUCUACCUCUCAGUCUCCUGUCAAUCACGCUGUGUGUAAUGCACUUUGCCCAUCUACCAGUUCCGAGGAGAGCGCUGUAUUGGAUCAAAAGGACUAG